AUGGGUGGUUUUUAUGGAAAUGAGGGAGGGCGUAUUGUUGGGUGGGUUCAAGCGGAGAAGGUGGGAAUUGAUGGAGAGGGUUGCAGUGAAGAUGAAAGAGAAGAAAUUGGAGAAAACAAGGUGAUUAUGUUGCGCGUUGAAAAGGAAACAAAGGCGGAGGUGAGAUUGAGUGGAAACUGGGAUAUGAUGUUGCCGGUGGAAUGGGUUGUUGUUGUUCUGGUUUGGGAAUGGAGAAGGUUGAGGGAGAUGGGUUACGGUGAGGAUGCAGAGAAGAGGAAGAAGGCAGAAGGUUGA